ACUUCAUAAUAUAAAACAAGCUGUUGAAACAAAUUAUGUAUCUCAAAGUUUGAAGAAGCUCACGAAAUGAAGCACCGAAACGUAUCAAAUUUCUUGCUGCUGCUUCUGUGUGGUGCAGUUUUUUCAGACGAUAGUUUAGUGGUGUCCACCACCACCAAACCUGAAAAAGAAGUCACCGCAGAAACAGAAACCAAAAAUGACACCGAAAUCAAUCCAAAAAUAUACUCCAUGCACAUUGAUUCAAACGUAACGAAUCGCUUUGCCACAACACUAGUGACUAGCAAAGUGCGAAAUUUAAAGAAAACAGCGGCGGAAACCACCUUCUCGGUUGUCUUGCCCGAAAAUGCCUUCAUCUCGGCGUUUGAAAUGGAAAUCGAGGGAAAAAUAUACAAAGCGCAUGUUAAAGAAAAACAGGAGGCUAAACAAAUCUAUCAAGAGGCCGUGUCAAGAGGACAAAGUGCGGCUCAUGUCGAACUAAAUGCCCGAGAUUCGAAAACAUUUACAGUUUCGGUGAAUAUCGAACCAGAAAGCAAGACAACAUUUAGAUUGACUUAUGAGGAGCUGCUUAAGCGCCAGCUUGGGCAAUAUGAGCUCGUUAUUAACAUACAUCCUGGCCAACUUGUUGACGAUCUGGACGUCAGAGUUCAUAUCAACGAAAGCAGGCCCUUGACAUUCGUCAAAACGCCCUCUUUGAGGACAGGAAACGAGAUUAGUAAAAACGCCGACAAGUUGGACCCUUCGGCCAAAAUAGAAAUCAUGAAUUCGACUUCCGCUCUCGUUGAAUUUAGCCCCGACAAAGGCAAGCAGAAAGAGUUUGGUCAACUUUUAGGGAGUGAGAAGGAGAGUGGACUAGCUGGGCAGUUUAUCGUCCAAUAUGACGUUGAACGAGAUCCUCAAGGCGGAGAGGUUUUGGUCCGCGACGGCUACUUCGUCCACUUCUUCUCUCCAAGUGAGCUGAAGCCGUUGCCCAAACACAUCGUGUUCGUCCUGGACCACAGUGGCAGCAUGAGCGGCAGGAAAAUCGACCAGUUGAUCGAAGCAAUGCAGAACAUUUUAACAGACUUGAAAGAGACCGAUUUGUUCAACAUUGUUCGCUUCGGGGACUUGGCAAUGGUCUGGGAUGUGUCCCAAAACCAGUUCACCCAGCUUCCAAAUUUUAACGAAUAUGGCAACCUUGAACCACACUUGAGAGAGAUAAAUUUGCCACGGGCCGUCAACGGCACGGAAGAAAAUAUUGAAGCGGCAAAAAAAAUCAUCGAGGAUAAGUCCAGACUAGGGAUGACUAACAUGAUGUACGGCCUGGAAGUUGGCUUAUUCCUGAUCAAACGAACACAAGAAGAAACGCCUGACAAGUACCAACCCAUGAUUGUGUUCUUGACCGACGGUCAUCCCAACGCUGGGAUGUCGGGGAGAGACGAGAUCACAAACACCGUGACGAGUCUUAACAGUGGGAAAAAAAAGGCGUCGAUUUUCUCACUUUCGUUUGGGGACUUUGCCGAUAAACGCUUCUUGAGAAAAAUAUCUUCGAAGAAUUCGGGCUUUUCGAGACAUAUUUACGAAUCUUCAGACGCCUCACUGCAAUUGCAAGACUUCUACCGCGCGAUUUCUGCACCCCUGCUAAGCAAUGUUAAUUUCAAAUACGUUGAUGAUGUCAAAGACGUUACCGUAACUCAUUAUCCGAUUCUUUUCAACGGCUCGGAACUGGUUGUAGCAGGAAGGAUAAAUGAUAACCCCCAUGUGUUAAAUCAUGUGGAGGCUUGGUGUCCCAUAGGACCCAUUAAAUUUAACGCCACCAUCAACACUGAAGCUGUUAGUUCCUUGGAACGCCUCUGGGCCUAUUUAACUGUUAAGCAAAUGUUGAAGCAGAAGGAAACGGCGGAAAAUGCGGCUAAUUUAACUAAAAAAGCACUUGAUUUGUCCCUAAAAUACUCGUUUGUUACUCCGAUCACGUCUUUGGUAGUUGUUAAACCUAAUCAGACUGAAGCUGUCGAUAGUGAGGCGGCUAAGUCCAGUCCAGGACGGUACGAUGGGGCUCGUUCGGCCGUUGCACCUUCAUUUUCGGCGCCUGUUCCUGCAUAUUAUCCAGGAAUGAGUAGUGGAAUUUCAGGACGAUCAUUCAUUAGUUCAGAUUACUCAGGAAGAGCAGCUUUGUAUUUCCCCCCACCAGAUCGCUUUUUCCCACCGCCACCAGUUAACUUCAGGACCACUCGAAGACCUUACUUUCUGAAACCAUCGUCCACGAGCCUUCCACCCCCUCAAAAUGCAAUCGUACCUCAGUGGCUCGAAAUUAUGAGAACAAAUAAUGGAAACAUAACUACGCUGCAAGGUAUCUACAAAUUGGGUCAGAGCGGGGCUGUUACAACACGUCCCCAAUGUCCCAAAACACCAACAGGAACUGUCGGAGAAUGCGUCAUUAUUUUUGACUGUCCUGAAAUAUUUAAGGACUUGCCGGAUCUCAACACAUAUCUGCAAUACUUUUGUCCUUUAAAUGAGUUUGCUGGAGUUUGCUGUCCGCCAAAAAUACCAGCGCCAUUGCCGUAACACCUGAAUUUUACUAUACAUGUGUACCUUUUAACAAACAUACCAAAAAUAAAUUUUAUACUCUACUAAAA